AUAUAUUAGCACCACUUAACCAAAACCAGAGUAAGCGAAGGCGACUUUGAGACUCUGAGAUAGAAACAGUAAAUCGACGAAGAGAGAGAAACAGAAAAGAGAUGGCAAUUUGGAGGAAGUUCGAUCCAUGGCCAGUUUUCUUCAAGAGAGAAUGGAAUCGUAACUGGCCUUUUCUAGUCGGUUUCGCCGUCACCGGUACCAUCAUCACCAAAUUAUCUCUUGGUCUUACUGAGGAGCAAGCGAAGAACUCGCCAUUUGUUCAGAGGCACAAAAAGUAG